GAUUGUCCGGGACAAUGACCUUUGGUUAUUGAGUUCGAGCAGAAUUUCCGAACGUAGUUGUCCCAGUCGGAGUCGGCCGAAAAUGGCGGCUCCUUCGUUCCGGUAUUGUGUCGCUUAAAGUGCUGCACGAAUUUUUUACGAUUUAUGUGUGAAAAUGUGAUUGUGAUGAAUUAAAACCUACAGUGAAGUGUUGUUUCAGUGAGUUACAAUAUGUGUCGGACAGAAAUGUGUCGUUUCGGCGUCGGAAACUGGAUUUUCUUGCUGGCUUGUGUACAUUUGUUUACGUGCAGCCAAGGCGGUGAGGACGGCAUGUUUGCACUGUCGGCGGAGCCUGUUGACAUAGCGGUGGCGGUGGGAGACGGCGCCACACUGCCGUGCGCCGCACCGCCGCCCGCGCGUAUCUCUUGGCGGUACAGCGCUACCGCGCCGCCUACCCGCGACCACGCACUUCCCAGCACAGACACGUUUAGGAAGCAGCUGUCGAACGGGUCGUUAGUGAUAGAGAGCAUGUCGUCGGCGCUGGCGGGGCAGUACCAGUGCGUGGCCACGGUGGAUGGCGUGGGCACCGUCGUGUCACGGGUCGCUAGCGUAUUCCUGGCAGAAGUCCCGCAGUUCGGCGAGGCACCCCGCGUGAUCAUGGGUGUAUUGGGGUCGCCGGCUCUGCUGCCCUGUCCCAUCAAGUUACCUUCGCGCCUCGCCGUCAAGGUGGUCCCCUCCCCCGCCGCGCCGCUGCAGCCCGAGCGACGCGUGUACGGCGCUGCCAGGAUACACGCGCCGCCGCCUGUACUGAAGCUCAACGUGACGUGGCUCAAGAACGGGUCGCCACUGCGCAUGGAGGCGGCGCGCGUGGCGUUGACGCCGGGAGGUGCGCUGGAGCUGGACCCGCUGCGCGCGCACGACGCCGCCGCCUACCGCUGCCGCGUGGCGCUGGCGCUCGCGCCCGCUGCGCCGCAGCUGGGCCCCGAGGUGGAGUUGCGCGUCAACAGCGAGCUGGCCGGCUUAGAGGCGGCGCCCCGGUUCAUCACCACGCCGCAGCCAGUCACCGUUAUGGAAGGUGCAUCGGUGACAUUCGACUGCGCGGCUGUGGCGAACCCAAAACCAGAGAUGGUGUGGCUCAACAAUGGUGUUGCCAUCGACCUCAACGAUUUGGACUCCCGUUUCUACCUGGUGGGGUCGGGCUCGCUGCGCGUGCAGGCUGCGCGCGCGCUGGAUGCCGGCGCCUACACGUGCCGCGCCACCAACCGCCUCGACUCCGCCGACCACUCUACCAUGCUGCACGUCAUGACGGCUCCGCGCGUGACGUUACGCGAAGGCGGCGUGGUGCGGGCGCGCGCGCGCGGUGACGUCACGCUGCGCUGCGACGUGCGCGGUCGGCCUGCGCCCGCCGUCACGUGGCUGAAGGACGGCGAGCCGCUCACGCCCAACGACCACGACAUCGCGCUCGUGGACGGGUCGUCGCUGCGAAUCCGCGGCGUACUGGACGUGGACGCAGGCGUGUUCCAGUGCACCGCCGCGUCCGCCGCCGGCAGCGCCGCCGCCGCGCUGCGGCUGCUCGUCGCGCCGCACGAUGUAAAACAUGAGAAAUCUCCCAAAAAUUCCACCCAAGACAUUUUCAAUUCCCUCCUAUCGGGUGAUUCUACUCCCGAAGAUCUAGACUUUUUAGGCGAAACAUCAUCCGCGUACACUUCAGAGCCUUUGUACGACGAAUACAGCACUUUAGACAGUUAUAACACCGAUUAUGAUGACUUUCACGCUGCUCAAGAUUUGGAUUUGGACGAUCUGAAGGAGAACGCGACUAUAGUCUCUGCGCCAAAGGAGCUAAAGGCUGUUAUCGUGAAGCACAGGUUCGUGACGCUGAGCUGGCAGGAGCCAGACACGAAGUUAGAAGAGAUCACCGGAUACGCCAUCUUGUAUAAAGUGAAGGGAAGUAAGCGGGAGCGGCUGGCGCGCGGCGACGGCGCGCGGCACGAGAUGAACGUGGCAGCGCUGCAGCCCAACACCACGUACAGCUUCCAGGCGCUGGCGCUCACAGCGCGUGCUGUCUCGCCGCCCACGCCACCACUGGAGGCCACCACACCAGAGGAAGAGCUCGCGUACGGGCCGCCGCGUGACGUCAGCGUAGAACCGGCCGGGCCGCACGCAUUGCGUGUGACGUGGACGCCGCCCGCGCCGCUGCCCGCUCCAGAACCGCCGCCGCCCCCCGCACGCUACGCCAUCUAUUACACAGAGGCGGAGUCAGGGCGUGAACAGUCGCAGUGGGCGGAGGGGACCAGCGGCACGGUGGGCGGGCUGCGCGCUGCUGCGGCGUACCGCGUGCGCGUGGCGGCGGCGGGCGGCGCUGCGUCGGCUGACGUGCUGGCGCGCACGCCCGCGGACGCGCCCGCCGCGCCGCCUGCUAAUGUGUCCGCCGUGCCUACCAGCGACACGUCGAUCCUGGUGCGCUGGGAGGCGCCGCCCGCGCGCACGCACCGCGGCCCGCUGACGGGCUACAAGGUGCGCUACCGCGUGGUGGCGGCGACCACUCGCCGGCGCGCAGACUCGCUCACCACGCCCGCCGACACGCGCCGCGCCGAGCUGCGGGGGCUGGAGCCCGCGCAGACUUACCAGGUCCGCGUGUGUGCUAUCAACGCGAACGGCUCGGGCCCGUUUAGCGAGUGGGUAUCUGCCAGCACGCAGGGUCGCCGUCGCGCCGAAGCCGCCGUUCCCGACGCGCCGCCGCCUCUCACCACGCGCGCCGGCCGCGACUGGAUCUCAGUGUGGUGGGGGCAGGGGGACGGCGGGGGCGAAGGCGGGGGCGCGCUGGUGCGGGGGCACCUGCUGGGCUGGGGGCUCGGCGUGCCCGACGAGCACUCGCGCGAGCUGCCCGCGCACGCGCACUCGCACGUGAUACGCGGACUCGAGUCCAACGCCGAGUACGUGAUAUCGUUGCGCGCCAGCAACGCGCUGGGGCUGGGCCCGGCGGUGUACGCCACGGUGCGCACCAAGCCCGCCGCGCCCGACGACGAGCCCGACGAGCCCGACGCUGACGAGCCCGACGACGACGCCGACGACGAGGACGACACGCCGCCGCUCAUCCCGCCCGUCGGCCUUAAGGUGAUAAUGCUGAGCGGCUCAACUGCGGUGGUGUACUGGACGGACCCCUCGCUGCCCAAGGGGCAGGCAGCGACUGACGGGCGGCGUUACGAGGUGCGAGCGGCGGGCGGGGGUCGCUCGCGCGUGUACAACGCGUCCGAUCUCAACUGCAUGAUCGACGACUUGCGCCCCUUCACAAAGUACGAGUUCGCUGUCAAGCUCAUCAAAGGCGGGCGCGAGUCGGCGUGGUCCAUGCUCGCUAGCAACACAUCGCUGGAGGCGGCGCCGGGUGGAGCGCCGCGCGAGCUGCGCGUGUCGCCCGCCGCGCCGCCCGCGCGCGCCGCCGACCUGUCGUGGAGCCCGCCGCAGCGUCCCAACGGCGUCAUCACCGGCUACGUGAUAAUGUACGCGGUGCAGCGGUCCGGGCCGGCGGCGGGCGCGGCGGAGGAGUGGACGGCCGUGGCGGUGGUGGGCGACCGCACGCGCGCGCGCGUCGACCGGCUGCGCGCGCGCACCACCUACAGCUUCAAGAUACAGGCGCGCAACGGCAAGGGGCUGGGGCCCUUCAGCGCCGCCGUCACCUACACCACCGGCGCUGAAGGCGGUGAGGGCGGCGGGCUGGCCAGUGCGACGUCGGCGUGGCUGUGGGCCAGCGCAGGGGGUGCUUGCGCCGUGCUGGCGCUGGCGGCUGCGCUGGCGCUGUCACUGUGCUGCAGGAGGAACACGCCGCCCAUGUCGCCCGACACCAGCACGUACCAGAAGGCGUCCGCAUCGGCCGCCAUCAAGCCGCCGGACCUGUGGAUCCACCACGACCAGAUGGAGCUGAAGCACAUGGACAAGAGCCUCCACAGCUCCGCCAGUAAGAUAUCGGCGGGCAGUGUAGAGGGCAGCGCGUUGGUGUCGUCGACGCUGACGCUGGCGCGCGCGCCCGCACCGCCCGCGCCGCUGCCGCACGCGCCGCCCGGCGACUACGAGCCCGCUCGCCACGCGCCGCCUUCUCUCGCCAGCCUCGACCGCAGAUACGUGCCCACCUACGUCGUGUCGCCUCCCUUAGACUCGCGCUCGCCGUCGGCGGCGGGCAGCGGCAGCGACGACGCGAGCGUGCUGCGCGCGUCGCCCGCGUGCCGCCGCUACGAUACGCGCUGCGACCACCUGCUACCGUGCUUAGCUAUGACAGGCGUGGGCGUGGGCGUGGGACUGGGAGUGGGAUGCACGGGCACGUGCGAGAGGCGGAGACACAUGGCCGACCAGAGCACGCCGCUGCUGGCGGGCGUGGCGCCGCUGGGCUCGCCGCAGUCGUCGCUGGCGUCUCUGCACCCGCCGCCCGCGCCCUGUGGGUCCGGGCUGUGUCCGCUGGGCGCUGCGUGCUCGGCGCCCGCCAGCAGCGCGUCCGACGUGUACGCGAGCGCCGCCAGCGCGCGCGAGCGCGGCCACUACGUCGCCUACGAGCCGCUCGGACACUACACGCACCGCGAGUCGCUGAGCGCGGAGAGCGAGCGGUGCGCGGCGGGCGCGGGCGGCGGCUCGCUGUCGCGGCGCGGCUGCGGCGGCGGCCUGCACAGCUUCGCGCUGCCCGACACCGCGUCCGACCACUCCACGCCCUCGCACUCUAAGGCGGGCAGCGUGCGUGAAACGUCGCCGUACAAAAAGAGCGCGAGCUCAUCUCCCGGACACUUACCCAACCGCCUGCAACUCGGCGGCGCUGUGGCGCACUGCUCUGAGGAGUUGGAGCCGCUGACGCCGUCGCGCUCCACGGAGCGUUUGCACCGCGAGAUGCAGAACCUCGAGGGGCUCAUGAAGGACCUGUCCGCCAUCACGCAGAACCAGUUCCACUGCUAGCACGAGCCCGGCGCCGCGCGCUACUUCGACGUGUGACCCGCCCGACGGCGCGAUGGGCUGUCGGAGAUAGACGUGUGACCAGCCCAGCGCGUUGGACUGUCGAUUGGUGUACCAGUGAGGACUGAACACUAGAAGCAUUCCAUCGACAACGUGCAAUUUAAGUGUUGUGAAGUGUUGAAUGAUGAAGGACCUGUCCUUCAUUACGCAGAUCGAGUUUCACUCCUAGCACGAGCCCGGUGCACGCACGCACUCCCAAUGUCUUUGACGUGUGAUUAGCCUAACGGCGCGUUAGACUGUCGGAGAUCGACGUGUGAUUAACCUUACGGCACGUUGGACUGUCUGAGAUCGACGUGUGAUUAGGCGAACGGCACAUUGGACUUUCUGAGAUCGACGUGUGAUUAGCCUAACGGCACAUUGGUCUUUCGGAGAUCGACGUGUGAUUAGCCUAACGGCACAUUGGACUUUCGGAGAUCGACGUGUGAUUAGCCUAACGGCGCGUUAGACUGUCGGAGAUCGACGUGUGAUUAGCCUAACGGCACAUUGGACUUUCGGAGAUCGACGUGUGAUUAGCCUAAUGGCACUGUGGACUGUCGGAGAACGACGUGUGAUUAGUCUAACGGCACGUUGGACUGUCGGAGGUCGACGUGUGAUUAGCCUAACGGCGCAUUGGACUGUCGGGGAUUAAAGUGGGACAAGCCCGACGAAUUCGCCCAGUGCUUUGGACUAUCGGAGAUAAGUGUACCAGUGAGGAAUUAAUGCUAGUAGCAUUCCACCGAAACAUAGACAUUGAUAGCCACUGUUAUAGUGUCGUGGAAUGUUUGACAAUGGAAACAGACAUUAACUCGAGUGACUUUGAGUAGACUCGAAUUUAUCAGCGGUGGUGUGCACUUCAUAUUAACGUGAAAGCACUGCAAACCUUCAGAUUUUUUAACAAUGCUUAGUGAUGAAUGACGAAUUCGCCACUUUUUCUGUGUUAAUAGUAAAUACCCUGCUCGAAAACUACAGCACGCCACCGUUGUCUAUCCUAUCCUUUUUUUUUAUGAAAUUGUUCUUGCGACGGAAAAUAGUUAGGUUUACGAUUUGUUGCAAAAACAAAGUCAUGAAUUAAGGACAUUAUCUUAUUCGAUGUGAUAAUUCGUUGUCUUGAAAAAUUAAUGAUUUCGAAAUUAAAAAGAAUGAUGGGAUGACAUUAUUAAAAUAUGACAGUUUAUGGAAACUAUUCAUUAUUUAUGUGUGUGGUGUUAUAAAUAGAAUCCGACACUAGCCAGUCGAAUGUACAAUGAAUCAAAGCCUAUUUUGUUGCUUCUGUAUAAGCUCAACCUGUGAAAAUCGCACGAAAAUAAAUUUAAUACUUUACUAGCUUAAAAAAUUAAGUUUGGUUGUGAUUUUUAACUUUUUUACUUUGACAUAAAAGACAUUUGAUUUUUUAUUUACAUUUUGAAUUUUUUUUAUUAGAUUCACAUCCAUGCUAUAUUCUGAUUGUUCUGUUAUUCAAUAUUGUUGUAUAGAUAGAUAAUAAUAAUAAUAUUAAUAAUUAUUGGACACUGGCUAAGCGGUUUCGAUUUUACGAAUUUAGUGCCAUAUAAUUUACGAACUUGGCUAACAUACGGUGAAGUAAAUAUCGUAUAGUGUCUAUACGAUACGUACAUAUGCGAUAUCUAUGUCUAGAAGUGUAAUGCCAGCCACACACGGUCAAGUAUACGUUUAGGGAUGUGAACAUAUACGAUAUUUCGAUAUUUUAUCCACAUCUCUAAGCUCUGUAGACUUCACGAUAUACUUGAUCGUGUGUGGCUGGCGUAACACGUUACUGAUAUAAGUGUAAUUUGUUUUAUAAAUGAAACGAAACUAUUAUAUGAUAACUUUAAUUAUAAUUUCUGAUAGUGCUAUGUUAUGAACAAAAUCUCGCUGCAGGCGUUGCAAUAAUUCGCGGCAGAAGAGUGCAGUAGGCUAUAUGGCGUAUAUAGGCUUUAUUGCACUCAUAUAUAAUCAGGAUCAAGGCCUAUACCUAUUGUAGUCAUAAUAAACUCAAUAUGAACUGCCCCUUCAAGUCAUAAAUGUCAAUAGAGAAGUGCAACACAGCGGGACCAUUAUCGGUAAACAGCUUGUUAUGUAGUGUUUCAGAAUACCAAGACUAUCUACCUAAUUUUAAAGGCGGAAAAUAUUUUAAUAAGAACACUCAUUAAAUUGGAUCAAGUAUAUGAAAAAUGCUAGAGGACGUGAAUAUUUAAUGGAAAGAACUAAGAUAUUUUUGUGUCAGAACGGACUUUAUAAGGUAUCUAAAUAGGAACGACACGUAAAUAUAGCUUAAUAUCAAAACGUUGUUAAAUUAUUAAGAUUGUAAUGGCUACUUAUCGAUAUUUUUACUACGCCCUUCACUAAAAGGCUCCAUAAGGUAUGUAACUUCUAGCGAGAUAGACAUAGGGAAAUUAUUUAUGGCGCGACGAGACCGUUCAUAACGAGAUCACUAGCUUAUAACCUAUCCCGCGAGAUUGUAAACUGUCGAUACAUUGUGAACUCCAUACAUACUCCUAAGAACGGGAACUCGAGUGGUUCAGAAACCAAUAAUUAGGCUAGAUUAGGUAUUUUUUUUUAUUUGUGAAUGUACAAAUAAAUUCCUUAAAAUCUGCCUAAUUGACACGUUACACAAACACGUUAAAAAUGUAAGCACUAUGUUGUUUCAUAAUCUAUCGCACUAAAAGCACAGUUUACAAUCUAACUCAUCAUCAUCAGCCAUCAUGUAUCCACUGCUGGACAUAGGCCUCUUUUAAGUAGCGCCAGCCGGAUCUAUCUUUGGGUUUUUGCAUCCAAUCGAUGCCUGCCACCUUCCGGAGGUCGUCGCUCCACCUAGUGGGGGGGGGGGGGGGGGGGCGCGCCCGACACUUCGCUUACCGAGACGCGGUCUCCACUCAAGGACCUUACGACUCCAACGACCAUCGGUCGUCCGAGAGACAUGACCAGCCCACUGCCACUUCAAUGUACUAGCCCUUAGAGCUAUGUCGGUAACUUUCGUUCUUUGUCGAAUCACUUCGUUCCGGAAUUUAUCCCUCAAAGAGAUUCCAAGCAUAGCUCUCUCCAUAGCACGCUGAGCGACUUGGAGUUUGUGGACUAGUCUCGCUGUCAGUGUCCAUGUUUAGGCACCGUAAACUACACGCUCGUCGGCACAAUCUAACUGUAUUUAUAAUAUUACGGUUGAUUCAACCUGUAGCGAGAUGUUGGCAUAGUAUAGCACGAGGUGUGGCGCCAGUGAAGAAGUUGCUUGUAUAUUUUCGUGUAAAGCUAGUCAGUAGGUCGGGCGGCUUGCGGGACUACUUUCUUAUUCUGCGCUACAUACAGCACUAGGCACAUCGAUUUUUAAUAUUGGUGUGGUUGGCUAUGACAGAAGUAGCUACUAUCAAGCUCAAUAUUGCUGUCAAAAAUCGCUGCCUUGGAUUCGGAGGGCGUAGGUUCGAAUACGUCUGGGGCAUGCACCUCCAACUUUUCAGUUAUGUGAAUUUUAAGAAAUGAAAUAUCACGCGUCUCAAACGGUGAAGGAACAACAUCGUAAGGAAACUUGAGAAUUUUCUAAAUUCUCUGUGUGUGAAGUCUGCCAAUCCGCAUUGGACCAGCGUGGUGGACUAAUGCCUCUCAUUCUUAGAGGACUCUGUCUGAGUCUGAGGAGGCUCGGGCUCAACAGUGAGACGAAUAUGGGUUGUUAAUGGUGAUCGUUGAAAAGCGACGUUUGACUUCCAUGUUCUCAGAUUAAGAAAUGCAUUCGCUGCUAAAAUAUAGGUAUAAUUGAUGAAUGAUUUAUAUUAAAAACGGCCUCAUAUGUGAUGUAUGUAGUCAUAUUAUGUAAUAUUUGUUUUGUUGCGUAAAAUAAGAAAGUAAUCCCGCAAAUAAGUAUAUUAGUCGGGUCGCAACUUGUAGCCUAUAGUGUAAGGUGGAUUGUAUAAAUUUUUGUAUUUCCUAGUAUUUGUACAUUUUUAAAUGGAUUUCUAAUUUCUAAUUGGGUGAAUUCACGGUACCAGAGCCGGUGAUUAUUUGUAUCAUAUUGCGCCGGCUCAGGUGUGGUUAGUUCGCUCCGUGGCCUACGAUAAUCCUUUUAUUAUAUGAUCUAGGUCGCCAUAUUAAUAUUUAUUAUUCUGUCUUUUGAAUAUACGAUAUCGCUUGAGCUAUAUUUUGUCUAUUUCUUUUAAUUAAUAGACGAACGAGACCGAUAUGAUCACAUUUUUAGAGUUUACUCCUUAAGAAUCGAUUUUUCAUAUACAAGGUGUCUGGUAAAGAACCUAUAAAGCCGUCAACCAGGAGUUAUGGAGAAGUAAUACAUGCCUAUGAAAAAAUACGAAUUUCCUUUAAGCAUUUGACAUUGGACUCUAACAUUAUUGGCAAAACUUACGAAUUCGUACAGUAGGUACCUACCAAGAUACACGGACAUUGGACACAGUUCACAUUACACCGGAUGCCAUGAAAAAAUCAGAUCAGAUCAAAUCCACCUCAGUUGAAUUUGGACCUGUACGCAAAUUAAAUUAAAUGUAAACAACGAAAAUAUCUCAAUUCUCAACACAAUGGAAAACUUUCAUCCUGACAUUGAUAGCCCCCGGUAUGAAAAAAUAUGGGCAGUAAAAUUCGAUGAAAAAAUGACAGCGUUACGUUUUUGUGCGCAACCCAUUCUGCGCACCUUUCACCGUGCGCUGCCUGCUGCACCUCGGUUGCGCACCUUUAAUUUUUCAGGCGUAGUACACACCUAUUUAGAGAGUCGAUCUGAAAGAGUAAACUCCAUUAGUGCGUCGGAGCUGACACACUUUUUUUUAGUUAACAGACUGAUUCUAAUUAAAAAUAUGUAACUGCGCGCUUCAAGGACCAAGAUUUUUCAUAUAUAAACUAAGAUUGCGCUCUUUUUUUGACUGUUAAUGCGAGAAAUGGACAGAAUAUAGUUUUUUUCGUACUAUCUGCGGUGUGAAAGCCGCUCACUGUAAAUAUUGUACCGUACUGCAUCGUGAUAAGGUCUUAUAUCGAACACCGUUUUUUGAUAAAUUGUUGUUUAAUAUUUUGUAAGUCGUCCGGGCGAGCGAUUGUUAGUCGAGCGAAAUCUUUCAACUAAAAUAGGAUAAACUGUUUUUUCUAUAAAAAAAUAUUUAUUGUAGUCCUAGAGAAAUAUUUAUUUCUUUUUCGAAAAUUUUGCUGUAGUAGAAAUUUUGGAUUUUUUAAAAGCUGAUUAAAUCAGUUUCAUGAGAUUAUUCCCUUGUAUGGAACAAAUCGUGGCAACAAAAGUUGGUCAGCCAUCGCUCUCUAACCACUUAGCCCGGUGUUAACUUAGACUACCCUCAUACAUACGAUAGCUUGGAAUCCUCACGCUAUCCUUUUAAUAACCUUCAGUCGGGUUCGAUACCCAGCUUGAGUGAUUUUAGGAAAUCAUAUAUUCUGAACUUACUCAGGUUAUCUCGUGUUAGGUUACGAUUGUAGUUCGUAUUUGUGUAACAUUGGUUAUGUAUUAGGAUGUAAAUGAUUUAUAUGUACCUACACUGCAGUAAUAUUUUGCCUGGAAGAAAUCGCUACUUAGCGUUAAGGCAGCCUUUGUCAUUGUAUUGUGCAAAUAAAAUAUAUAUAAUAAAUAAAUAAAUUACUGACAAAAACGUUCCGGUAAGCGUCUUGCCAGAACAUUUAACGUUACGAUCAGUUUUGUGGAUAAGAACCACUUAAAAACUUUAAGUAAAUUAUCCAAGUUAAACGCGCUAUCAAGACACUUAACAUAAGUAGGACUGCAGUCAAGCUCUAAUUUGACAUUAAUUUAAAAACUUAAUAAAGCUAGCACAGCGCCGGGCGUUGCUCGCUGUCUCACGUAUGAGGGGGUCGCCCUUUUCGACCUUUACAACUUGUCCGUGUAAAUAAGCCCUGUUUAAUAUUUUUCUAUAAUUAUUAUUAUAAAUAAAUACGUAGCGUAAGUACCUCGCCUCUCGCCCCCACCACCCGUCGCACCCGCCGUCUGCGCGCGGCUUCUCUUUGACUGUGACGUCACUUGACAUAUGCCUGACAUAUGUACCUAAUGUCGGGCAUAUGGAGUGCCUUUUAUUCUGGAUGUGAUAUGACCAGAAUGAAUGUCACAGUUACAAGUAUUACCUGUUAAAAUUAAUAUCGAGAUUUCGGUUUCAAAGUAAGUUAAAGCGUGUGCGAGUCGUGUUGUAGAACAAUCACAAUUGUUCAGUACACCAAAAUUGCGUACUGAAAUAUUGUGAUUGUUCUACAAGAUUUUAUUUAUGUUAUUAUAUUUGAUAGUUAUGGAGGGAGGUAAGGGGAACUCGUGUGAGGGACUAAAUAGUAUUCACUUGUAAACCUUGAAUAUAGUUCAAGUGUGACCAAAAUAUGUUGUACUAUAAAAUGUAGAGAUGGAAGUUUGCUGUAUUGUUAAUUCUACCCAUCUUAAUUUGAACAUUUAAUUAUGGAGGGUAGAAUUGUGAGAUCAAAUUUACACUAGUGCUACAGUAGCGCCUCCAUCCUCCUCUGAAAAUUAAAAGAAAAACUAGUGAGUUGACCACAAGCUGAAGUAAAACUUCUUUCAAAAAUAAAAUAAUACAUGAAAGAGAAACUUAAAAGUUAGUAGCGCCAUCUCUCGUGUUGGACUUGAUUUACUUCAAAAGCUCUUACUAGUUCAUAAUUAUACCGUCAAUUAAACGGAUUCGACGCUGGCGUUACAGGUUUUGUCGUAAUCAAGAAAACUACAGAUGGCGCUUUUAAAACUUAACUGAAUGUCGUUUCAUUUGCACUUGAAAACGCAUUAGUGCUUACUGCCUAAGUCAAGCGUGCAUAAAAAAGUGUUACUUCAGUAAGAUAAAUCUUCUUACCUCUACCAUAACUAAGAUAUCAACAAAUGAAAUUUUUGGUACGUCUCAAAUACACGUUUUCUACGCACAACUACCUACAUCUGUGUGCAGACGCGCGUGACAUUGGUGCACUUCAUGUUGAAUGUUUAGACUUACACGAUCUUCCUCGAGUUUUUCAUCCGUUAUAACAGACAGUUUGUAAUAAUCCACACCUGACUCAGUCGGCCGCUGACAGGUUACGUAGGUAAGGGUCGGUGCGUACAAAUGAUUACACUGGGGUGACAGUGGAGACAGACUAACUACUAUCAAUAUGAUAAAAUUAUUCGUUAAAUUACGUAUUUUGGCUGUGUGGUGAGAUUUCAAUUAAUUCACUUUUGUAGUUAAAAAGGGAGCUAAACAUAAAUUUACUGUAGGUAUUUUAGAAUUUAAACUAUUGUGAUUGUUAUUCAUAGUAAUUUAUUAUGAAACACGACUAAAACUCAACAAAUACAAACGUCGGAGCAUGCCCGACUAGUUUCGAACCCAAGUAAUUAAAUAAUUUAAUUAAAAGUUGGAUUACAAUAUGCAACAUAACCUUACCUGCUACUAAAACUUAACUACAUAAAGGUGCGUGAUAGUCGGCGGCUGAAUUGAGAGUCAGGUGUGGAUGUCCCUUUAUAUUGAGUAUUCGUUGACGUGAUAUGUAUUUUCGUGGACUGAUUUACAUUUGUAGCUUAUUUGUCUUAUUGGGAGUUUUUAUAUCGAGCGCCGCCAUUUUGUCUUAUUGUGAUUUCUGAUUCUAAGUAUUUAUUAGACAAAAAACUAAUCUUGCACAUAUUUUACCUAACUAUAGGCCUAAUUUUUAAGUGUACAUAAUUCGUAUCAUUGUGAUGCAAAAGUUAUGUACAACGCUCAUUAUUCAAGUGAUUCAAGUGCGUCAGUAUUAUUUUGUUUUAAAAAUCAAUAAUUGGUGUAAAGAUUUAUGAACAAUGAUAUUAGUUAAAAAGCAUAAAAAACCAGGGAAAGGUAAUAUACCCACAAAUUCCUAUAAACAAAACGCGUUUGCUAAAAAAAAAUAAAAAGGCAAAAUGGUGGCGCUCAAAGUAUCAUAUUAUUAUUAAGGGAAAUUUUAGACUGAUUUUUUGUAUUGUUUAUUAAUAUUUUGAAAAACUGUAUAAUUGUUCUAUCGCCAAUUGUUUACCGACCGCAUUGACACGUUGAGUUUGCCUCACGUAAAUCUUGUACACACGUCUUGACAUUAGUUCGUUUGCUUUGUAAUCGUUUCACUUAUUCACUUCGGAGGACCAUGAAAAACCACUUAAAAGGACCAAAAAUUCUAUUUCGAAGGACCAAAAAAUCACUUCGAAGGACCAUAAAAAAGUAAGAACCUCUCGAUAAACUGUUUAUCAAGGACUGUAAGAACUUUUAAAUUUAUAAAGUUUUAAAGAGUUUUUUUUUUCUAAGCAUCGCCGUCGGUAUAAGUGUCUAGGGCCCCUCUAGGCUCAUGAAUUGGACACGGACUGGACUUACUUGGCGGCUGAGCCGACGAGCAUAUGGGUAGACAUAGAAAACGGAAAACCCAACGUGUAGGUAUGCGCAAAAAUAAUAGACGGGCGUGCUGCCCUAAUUUUAUUCAGUUCUUUUAGUUGCUGAGCCUAGUAUUACUACUAGUACUAAGCCUAGUAUGGUAUUCACGUGUCUCAGCGGUCGGUACACAACAUGGCGCCACUGUGGUUACGUUCCCACCAGCAAGAGACUGCGACUACGGAAUUCUGUAAUUAUAUAAUUUACUGUAUAGCGUAGGAGCGGGGCGCCGUGAGCGACCACCGCUCUGUACUAGUUCAAUAAACUUGUAUUAUUUAUUG